AUGGAGAUGCACGCUGUUGACAAUGGAGAUGGCAGUGAGCUCGACCUUGCCGAUGUGGCCGACGGAGACGAAGCUAAUGAGGAACUGGAAGACUCCCGUCAGGAUCAUGGCCAGCGUCUCCGCGGCCGGCGCCACCAUCUGCUCUUUCGGAGGAAAAUUGUGCUGACGAUCUUUUCUAUACUGAGCAAUGGUAGUUAUUUUGUUCCUGUGAAGCUCCAGGGUAAAGACAAGACACAAUCCAUUUGGUUUGUCAUUUUGAAGGCACAAAUAGAAACAAGAACACCAUAUAUGCUUUAUAAGGACAGGGCUCUGCCGUUUCAGUGGUGCCAAGAUAUACCCGGGGAAUGUAUCAGAUUGGUCCAUUCAUACUCUCGAGUCCUCCUUUUGUCCAACUCAAAGUGCAAGCGCUAUUUCUGCAACCAUCUCAAGCCUGCUAAGCUUAUAUGGACUGCCAUGUACAGGAAGCAGCAGAAGAACGUAUACGGUGAUCUGAUUAGGAAGUGCAAGUACAAUGAUCUGGAUAUUCGUGUUGAGGCUGCAAAGAAGAGGCACCGGACCACCAAGAGUCCAUGUGGUCUCGCUGUUAAUCGCCUCUGGACGCGCCAUUGA